UCAUGCAAAUGGCCUAUUGCUGCUAAUUAGUGCAAAAUGUUGCAUGCUUUCAGCAUUUGUAAUCUAUAGAAUAUAUAGCCUCCUAUGCACCAUAGCACCUGCUUUUAGUGUUGUCAUGCAAGGCUCACUCYUCUAAGUAGUGAAGUUCAGAUUAUGGUGCAGUUAUUUGUUUCAACGGCAUUAGAUUGCUGCUGAAUACUGCCAGGAAUCGAGGUACUGUCCAGAGUUAUAGGUUCAUGAUAGGUAACAAAAUAUUAUUCUUAUAUAGUAUAAUUCUUAGGGCAGAAGGUGGGGUCAAAGAUUGCAGUAGUGGGGUACUGGUGGGUUGUUGGAAUCUUAGUUGCAGUCCUGAGACCUCGAGAAAAAUCAUUCUCGUAACGUAAAUAAGAGUGAAAUACGUAAAAAAAAAUAUACAGAAACCUUUGCUCUAUUCAAAACUGAAAAUAGAUCAAUAGUGAUGUUGUUUUAGAGAAAAGACGGAUGGUAGAUUGGGCUCCCUGUGGUGAAUGUAAUAUCGUACUCGAUAGAUUGCAUUACAUUUCUUGCAACAAGAUGGACGCCUCGAUAACCAGAAACGACCCCGRAGCCACAUCAUUAAACCCUGCUAGUAAUGGCUAUCAAGAAUCUGAGAAGUCGUUACUCCUAGAGGAUCCAAGUGAAAGCUACUCGACGUUACCGAACCAAAGCGAAUCGAAAGAAGACUUCCCUAACACGCUAGAAAUAGAUAGAAGUCAAUACUUGGAGAACACUACUUCGAUAACAGCAAGCCUAAUGCAUGUGAUUAAAGGGAAUCUAGGAAUAGGGUCGUUGAGUUUACCUUUCGCUAUGAUGAAUGCAGGACUUCUGGCUGGUCCCAUUUUGCUGAUAGUUGUGGCUGUUACCUCUAUUCAUUGUAUGAGGCUUUUAGUUCAAUGCAGUCAUGUCCAUUCUGACAGAAAGAAGGAUAUUUUCCAAACUUAUGCUGAUGUCGCAGAAUCGUGCAUUGGUCAGUAUUACCCAAGGAAAUCUUACAUUGGAAGGAUAAUUGUCAACACAUUUCUUGUCAUAUCUAUGCUGGGAUUUUGCUGUAUAUAUCUCUUGUUUGUCGCCGAGACACUUAAGCAGACAUUCCAUGGUCAUUUUGAUGUAAAUGUCAAACUAUGGGUCGCCAUCAUUCUUCUACCCGUUCUUCUAAUGUCUUAUAUUCGUACAUUGAAAGUUAUUGCUAUCAUGUCGACGAUUUCUAACGUCUUAUAUGUGAUCGGUACUGUGUGUGUCCUUGUUUAUGCCGCAAGGACGAUAAAAGAUCCGAAAGAUUUGCCGCUUUUUGCAGGAUGGAAGACCUUACCUCUUACGUUCGGGUCUGUGGUGUUUACUUUUGAAGGGAUCGGUGUGAUCCUUCCUGUAGAAAACAUGACGGCUCUUCCUCGCUAUUUCUACUUGGUUCUCAAUGUUGGUAUGGGUAUCGUGACUCUAAUCUAUCUUCUUAUGAGUGUACUAGGGUAUUUAUCGUGUGGGACACAAUGUCUUGGUAGCUUUACACUCAAUCUACCAAACACACCGUACUAUACAGCAGUUAAGUUGGUUUUCGCUUGUUCAGUCCUGCUGACAUACUUUAUCCAAUUUUACGUGCCGAUGACUAUUAUUAUUCCUCCCAUUCAGAAGAGAAUAUCCGAACAGUACAAAACCCUAGUGGAUUAUGUGGUUCGUACSCUCACGGUGUUAUUAACGGCUGGUCUAGCAGUUGGUAUACCCCAGCUUGGUGACCUGAUCUCUCUAGUGGGUGCUAUUGGUAGUACAUCCCUUGCUCUCAUCUUACCUGCUGCUAUCCAUAUCCUUACGUUUCAUUAUGACAACACUCUUACCAGGCUYGUGUUUGGUAAAGACUUGUUCAUCAUCGUAUUUGGAGUCCUGGGAGCUGCAGCCGCAUUGUUUGCCACUAUUGUGGAUAUCGUGAAAAAUUUUCGGGCAUGAUAGUAAUAUCUUUUAGCUUGGGCUCAGUGCCUUCCUUAGUCUCCUCAGCAGCUUAUUGUCGUGUUUGCCCGAAAGCUUCGCYGACCGAUAGGAAAAACGUCUGCUAAGGAGACUGCUUUCCUUUGCUUUCCCUGUUUCACACCACACUUUAUUCCCUUGUGUAUUAUUUCUUUGCUUUCUAGAAACGCUUACGGGGAACAUACAUAGAGGGUAUUACACGGUGGCGCGAAGAUAUGAAGUUUAUCUUGGAGUGGUGAAAAAUAUUUUUCAACACGAGAAGAUAAACUUCAUAUCUUCAAGAGAACGUGUAAUUUUCUUUUUAUUAUAUAUAGACAAAUCCACAAAUAAAAACUCUUUUAACGCGCCUCAAGUGAGCGGGAAAAAAUCGCAAGUGACGUCAUCGAUAUCCUCGCUAGUGAAGAUAUGGAAAAUAUAUUACUCAGGUCCCUGAUGUAGUUUGUAUGAAAAAUACGAGUGGCGUAUAUUUCCCAGUAAAACGUGAUGGGAAUGGCUGGCUGACCUCAAGAAAGAUUUAAGGAACAAACUGGAUUUUCCUCUCACAUUUUCGACAUCAUCCAUGCGAUCUCAACAUCCGCUCAUCAAAAAGGGGUAUUUUCUUUGAUCUGCAUGAAAAUAAUACGCAAAGAGUCUACGCCAAGUAUAUGAUAAUGUUGGUUAAGCAUUAACUUUAAAUUUAAGACYUACUGAUACAUUUUUAACUAUCUAUGUUCGAUUAUACUCAAAGCAUUCACAAUACAAGGUUUUUUAAAAACUCUUUCGUAAUACAGCUAUUUUAAAAAGGUUUUUAAYGCCUCUUUUAUCCAAAUCAUCAGUAGGUUUAUAAAUACAGGUUUUUUUUAUCCUACCCUAUCCCUAAGCUGGCUCAGUGUGUUUCAUCCACCAUAGUUUUUAUAAAACUUAUGGCCGAAGAUAGAUUUAUAUUAUUUUAUUUUUGCUAUUUUAUUUUGGUGUUUUUCUCCACAUUUUUUGAGUAGUGUUUAYUUCUCAUCUUAUCUCUUUCCAGAADUCACUAAAGUGAGUAGCGUCGUCUAGCCGGCAUUUUAAGCUCACAAACCAGACAAAGACUCGGUAAUAGCUAUAUAUUAGAUUCCUUUAUCUUUUAGCUCAUCUUCCGGCUUGGUGCACUAGGAUUUCCUACGCAAAAAGGAAAGUAUAAGGAUCAUUCUUCAUCCAUAUUAUGUGCCUUAAGCUACUUCCUCGAUUAACCAAUGACAAGYAGACUGGGGCGAAAUUGAUUGGUAAAACACACAUAAUACUUCUCUAUUGCAUGUAAUUUGCCAGCCAUAAAGAGACAACUGCUUUCCUAUGGCGAAGAAAAUUACUUGGGAAGACAUUAAUAUGUCAUAGUAAUACUUUUCUAUAGAUCGUUUUCUCAAGGUUGCGUGCGCAUCCAAAUUUAARACGGCCCACGAUACCAGAAUACAAAGUUCAUGAUGAGUAUUGAUGCUGCAUUGUAUGAAUKUUUUCGAUAAGAAUAAUGAAAUUGAUUAUUCAUAAGUAUAAAA